AUGCUUUCCAGAUACUUGUCCUCAUCAUUCAGAUCUGUUGCAAAACAAUCUGUGUCCAAAAGAUGUUUGUCCAUCCAUGAAUAUAGAUCGGCUAACUUAUUGAGAUCUUACAACGUCGGCGUUCCAGCUGGUGAUGCCGCCACCACUCCAGAAGAAGCCUACAAGUUGGCUCAAGAAAUCUCAAAGAAGUCCGAUGGUAUUGUCAUCAAGGCCCAAUCCCUUACCGGUGGCCGUGGUAAAGGUCAUUUAUCUUCUGGUUUACAAUCAGGUGUUCACAUUGUCAAGACCCCUGAAGAAGUGAAGGACUUGGCCAGCAAAAUGUUGGGUUACAACAUCAUCACCAAGCAAACCGGUGCUGCUGGUAGAUUGGUCAGUGCAGUUUACGUUGUUGAAAAGGCUACUGCUGAAAAAGAAGCUUACUUGUCCAUUUUGUUGGACAGAGAAAGAAAAUGUCCAAUCAUUGUUGCUUCUGCCCAAGGUGGUAUGGACAUCGAAGGUGUUGCUGCCAGAGACCCAUCUGCUAUUAAGCAAUUCCCAAUUGACAUGGAUGCCGGUGUCACUGACGAAGUCGCUGCCAAGAUCGCUGGUGCUUUAGGCUUCUCUGCCGAUGCCCAAAAGGAAGCUGGGGAAACCGUUCAAAAAUUAUACAAGAUCUUCAUGGAAAAGGAUGCCACCCAAAUUGAAAUCAACCCAUUGUCAGAAACUAAAGACCACAAGGUCUUGGCUAUGGAUGCCAAGUUUGGUUUUGACAAUAGUGCCGAAUACAGACAAAAGGAAAUUUUCUCCUGGAGAGAUUUCACCCAAGAAGAUGCCGAUGAAGUCAAGGCUUCUAACUUUGGCUUGAACUUCAUCAAGUUGGAUGGUUCUAUCGGUUGUUUGGUCAAUGGUGCUGGUUUGGCCAUGGCUACCAUGGAUAUCAUCAAGUUAUACGGUGGUGAACCAGCUAACUUCUUGGACUGUGGUGGUGGUGCUACCCCAGCAACCAUUGAAGAAGCCUUCAAGUUGAUUUUGGGUGAACAGAACGUUAACGCCAUCUUGGUCAACAUUUUCGGUGGUAUUGUCAGAUGUGAUUACGUUGCCGAAGGUUUGAUCGCCGCUACCAAGAACUUGGGUGUCGAAGUCCCAAUUGUUGCCAGAUUACAAGGUACUAACUUGGAAAAGGCCCAAGAAUUGAUUGCCAACUCUGGUUUGAAGAUCUUUGCUGUCCCAGAAUUGGAUGAUGCUGCCGAAAAGGUUGUUAAAUUGGCUGACAUCAUCAAGAAGGCCAAGGAAGUUGGUGUUAAGGUCAACUUUGAGUAG